AUGCACAUUCUCGUAACGAACGACGAUGGCCCUCCCUCGACCACAUCCUCGCCUUAUGUGCACUCUCUAGUACGUGCCCUUCAAAAAGCCGGCCAUGAGGUGUCCGUCUGCCUUCCCGCAUCCCAGCGUUCCUGGAUUGGCAAGGCGCACAUGAUCGGCCAGACGGUAAAGCCGACCUACUACCGCCCGCCGCCCGUCUUCGACCCGCAGACCUCUGCCUCUGAUAUACAACAAGGCACGACACAUUCGCGGCCGUCCAAGUCCAGGGAUGUAGAGGAAUGGAUCCUAGCCGACGGCACACCGGCCAGCUGUGCGCAGCUCGGUCUGUACCACUUCUUCACACACAAGAAGCCCAUCGACCUGGUGGUCUCAGGACCCAAUUACGGACGCAACACGACGGCGGUGUUUGGUCUGAGCUCGGGAACACUAGGCGCCGCGCUCGAGGCCGCUGUCUGCAGGCGCAAGUCUAUUGCACUCAGCUAUGCCUUUUUCAGAGACCAGAAUGACCCUCAUCUGCCCGAGAUCGUCGAGCAGGGCGCCGCACAUUCAGUGAAGGUGAUAGAAAAGCUAUAUGAGCAGUGGCCGGCGGACAAGAGCGUCGACCUGUACACAGUCAACGUGCCAUUGGUGGAUGGUGUGGGAACGAACAAAGUCUUGUUCACCGAGAUGUUGGCCAACUACUGGGCCGAGGGCCGCGCUUGUUUCCAGGAGGUUGAGGGUAGUGUCGGCGACGAAGAGGAGGAAGAGGAGAGGAUACGGGAGUCUGAGGGUCGUGAUGAGAAAGAAAAGACCAAAGUCGCGGAGAACGAGGAUUCUAGCUACCCGCAUCGACAUUUCAAGUGGGCGCCGCAGAAGAUGAUUGCUGAUGUCAAUCAGAGUAUCAUUGAUGCAAAGCCUGGGAAUGACGGCUGGGCCGUGAUGCAGGGCUACACAAGUAUAACACCGAUGAAAGCAAACUUCUGGCACGCAGCGCCAGAAUUAAAUGGCCAGGAGUUGAAAUUGGAACCUGUGGAGGCAGAGACAUCCGCAUCGACGCAACAGAGUGUCCUUCCUCAUCGACCAAAGAACCACUUCUACGCACUCAUUGAUUAUGAGGAUCCUUACGUACAACCGCUUAUUCUAUCUGCCCUGGAGAAGGCUAUUCCGGCAUCGUCGUAUACUCUGAUCUCACCCCCAACGGCUACGAACAACGAACAAGCUCAGUCCGAGAUUGCACUGUCGAGCCUUUUACCAACCCCAGAUGCUCACAUCCUUCAAAUUACUCCGUACGAGUCCAUCGACUGGGACUUUGCCGACUCUCACGACUCAACCUGCCUCGUGAAUAGCUACAUGCUGCGCAAGGCGCUCAUCCGCAAGCACUACCUUGGCAGCACGGUCGAGAACUGGGUGGCGAAGCGACCCCAGUCCAUCCUCAAGACACACGUCCAGCGGAGCGAGGCCUUCGAGCUCGACUACGCAGAGUUCCUGGACGACGCGCUCGUCGAGGCGUUCGAGCUGAGGGCCAGCCUGGAGCGCAAUGAGGAACAAGAGGCCAAGGCGGACAGGGAGUGGUGGAUCCUGAAGCCCGGAAUGAGCGAUCGAGGACAGGGCAUCCGGCUGUUCAGCACGAUGGAGGAGCUGCAAGGCAUUUUUGACGAGUGGGAAGAAGGGAUGCCCGAUAGCGAUGAUGAGGAAGAGGAUGAAGAAGAUGGAGGACGCCAAGGUCCCUCCUCCGAUAUACCAGCUUCCAAGGGUGAUGACGACGACGAAGGCGGCGAGGGAAUCAUGACCUCACAUCUACGCCAUUUCGUUGCACAACCUUACAUCCACCCCCCGCUGCUGCUCCCUGGAUCCGGCAAUCGCAAGUUUCACAUCCGGACAUACGUCGUGUGUGCGGGCAGCCUCGACGUCUACGUCUACCGGGACAUGCUGGCGCUCUUCGCCGGCAAGCCCUACGUGGCGCCCUGGGAGCAGCAGGGCGAUGGCGGGAUCGACCUCGAGGCCCACCUCACCAACACGUGUCUCCAGCGCUCCGUGAGCGACGGGACGGUGCGGAACUUCUGGGACUUGGAACUACCUUCAAACGAUGACGAGAAGAACAAGCCGUCAAAGGAAGGGAUAUUCGCUCAGAUCUGCGACGUCACUGGCGAGGUCUUCGAGGCGGCUGCCAGGGGUAUGAUGAUGCAUUUCCAGCCGCUGCCGAACGCGUUUGAGGUCUACGGCCUGGACUUCUUGGUCGAUGCCGAGGGGACGGCCUGGCUGUUAGAGGUCAAUGCGUUCCCGGACUUCAAACAGACGGGCGACGAGCUGAGGGCUCUGGUUCAGGGGCUGUGGGAGGGUGUGAUGAGGGUGUCUGUAGGACACUUCUUCGGGGUGGAGGGACUUGCUGGCGAGGAGAAGCGGAGGGAGCAAGAUGAGAGGCUCGUGCAUGUCAGGAAUGUUGAUCUGGGAAAGCGAUGGGGCUAG